CCGUCCGUUUCUUCUCUUCCACUGCCGCGUCUUCCGAUGAACGGGGCUUUCUUGAUUCUCUGUUUCUUUGGAUUUCUCGUGGACACUUUUCUCUCUGUCAGUUCACGCGGUCUGGAGGAGGGAAAUCUUGGUCUUUGAUAUGUCGUACCAGGGGAAGAAGCUUAUUAACGAUCCCAACGAUGUUGUGACUGAGUUCAUUGAGGGCUUGGUUGAAACUUAUCCUGGCUUGCAAUACUUGGAUGGAUUUCCUGAUAUCAAGGUUGUCUUGCGCGCUGAUGUUUCAGGCCCAUCAUAUGACAAGGUUGCUGUAAUCUCAGGUGGUGGAAGUGGCCAUGAGCCUGCUCAAUCUGGAUUUGUGGGGGCUGGGAUGCUAUCGGCUGCUAUAUGUGGAGAUAUUUUCACUUCUCCUCCUGUUGAUUCCAUUUUAGCUGGUAUUCGAGCAGUGACUGGCCCCAAGGGAUGUCUUCUAGUAGUUACGAAUUAUACAGGUGAUCGCUUAAAUUUUGGUUUGGCUGCAGAGCAGGCAAAAUCAGAAGGAUAUAGCAUUGAGACUGUAAUUAUUGGAGACGACUGUGCACUUCAACCAUCACAAGGAAUAGCUGGACGUAGAGGCUUGGCUGGGACUGUCCUUGUUCACAAGAUUGCUGGAGCAGCUGCAGCUGCUGGUCUUUCUCUUGCUGAUGUUGCUGCAGAGGCCAAACGUGCAUCUGAAAUGGUGGGUACCAUGGGAGUAGCUCUAUCUGUCUGCACCCUGCCAGGUCAGGCCACGUCUGACCGUUUGGGUCCUGGGAAAAUGGAGAUUGGUCUUGGAAUUCAUGGAGAACCUGGAGCUGCUGUUGCUGACAUUCAGCCUGCAGAUAUGGUGGUGUCUCAUGUUCUUAGGCAAAUUCUGUCAAUGGAGACACGUUAUUUGCCAAUUACACGAGGGAGCAGAGCUGUUCUCAUGAUUAAUGGAUUAGGUGCCACGCCAAUGAUGGAGCUCGUGAUCAUAGCAAGAAAGGCUGUUCACCAAUUGCAGCUGGAGCAUGGGCUGGCUGUUGAUAGGGUCUACACAGGGUCAUUUAUGACCUCUCUUGAUAUGGCAGGAUUCUCGAUUUCAGUUAUGAUGGUAAAUGAAGACAUUCUGAAGUUUUUGGAUGCACCAACUAACGCUCCAUAUUGGCCUGUUGGUGCUGGUGGGAGCCGUCCACCUACCAAGAUUCCUGUCCCCAUUCUCCACUCUCAUGCAAGAAGUGAUGAGGCACCUAUUCUGUCUCAAGAACUAAGGAAGGAUGGUUGUCUUCUUGAAGCUGCUAUAGAAGCAGCUGCACGUGAACUUAUCAGUCUCAGGGACACUCUGAAUGAGUGGGAUAGCAAAGUUGGUGAUGGAGACUGUGGAACAACCAUGAGUAGAGGUGCAGCAGCUAUUCUGGAGGACAUGAAAAAUCACUACCCAUUGAAUGAUGCUGCAGAAACAGUCAACCAAAUCGGAGCUUCUGUCAGAAGAGUUAUGGGAGGAACCAGUGGGAUUAUAUAUGAUAUAUUCUGCAGGGCAGCAUAUGCAAAGUUAAAAGGGAGCACCUCCGCCACAUCUAAGCAAUGGGCUGAUGCUCUUGAAGCAUCUAUUGAUGCGGUGAGCAAAUAUGGAGGUGCUAAAGCAGGUUAUAGGACGCUUUUGGAUGCUUUAAUUCCAGCAUCUGCAGUUCUACGUGAGAGUUUAAGUGUCGGGGAUGAGCCUUCAACAGCUUUUCUUGUUUCAUCCGAGGCAGCUAAGGUUGGUGCUGAGUCCACCAAACAUAUGCAAGCAAAGGCUGGCCGAUCAGCAUAUGUCUCCAGAGACAUCCUUGCAAGCGUUCCAGAUCCAGGUGCUAUGGCUGCUGCUGCAUGGUAUAGAGCUGCAGCUGUUGCUAUCAGAAAUCAACUCAGCUCAUGAUAGCACUUCUGUGCACAUUGUUUAGAUGUAUAAUAGAAAGGAGAUCUUAAGUGAAAAGUGUUGUUUUCAGUAGAUAAGGCAUAUGUCCUUUGCCUUGGAAGCGUGUUGGGAACCGGAAAGUAUAAGGAUGGAUGAGAAAGUGUCUAGAUGCAUGUGCUCUCUUAGAGGCUAUUUCUAGUGGAAUGUGAGUGGGAUGAGCAGUAGGCUUAAUUUAGACUUUGACAAAGCAGCGAUACUGUUGUCUUGUCCGUUGUUGCCCUUCUGCAAUGCCGCUGCUGAUCGAACAUCCAAUGACAUUUAAUGGGAUUAGGCUUACGAGAUGAGGCAAGCAUUGAUCUUGCUCAGCUCACCUUGUCAUAAAAAUGUGGGCUAUUUGCUACAUAAAUGUAGUUCAUGUAUAUUUUAUAUGUUUUACGCAUCUAUUAUGCACAUUUUCUUUUACA